AGGUUUUCUUCAAUCUUUGCUUUCCGUGUAUCUUCUCUCUCUCGUCUCUGCUUUCCUUCAUAAUAUAAUAGAGCACAAAAGCCGGAUCUGGCAGCAACUCCCCCAGCAAGUAAAUCCAUUUCAGUUUCCAUCUUCCACACUCACACAAGAUAAAAUUUUGGCAAAUUUCUGAUUUGAAGUUUUAUCAUGGCGACGAGACUUCAGUUUGAGAACUCGUGCGAGGUCGGCGUGUUCUCAAAGCUCACCAAUGCUUACUGUUUAGUUGCUAUUGGUGGUUCUGAAAAUUUCUACAGUACGUUUGAGUCCGAGUUAGCAGAUGCUAUCCCUGUUGUUAAGACCUCCAUUAGUGGUACUCGCAUUAUUGGACGCCUUUGUGCUGGAAACAAAAAUGGGCUUCUCGUGCCUCACACCACCACCGACCAAGAACUUCAGCACUUGAGAAACAGUCUACCGGAUCAAGUAGUUGUUCAGCGCAUAGAGGAGAGACUUUCUGCUCUAGGAAAUUGUAUAGCGUGCAACGACCACGUUGCUCUCGCGCACACAGAUCUUGACAGGGAAACCGAGGAGAUGAUUGCAGACGUUCUCGGAGUAGAAGUUUUUAGGCAGACAAUUGCUGGUAAUAUUCUUGUGGGCAGCUACUGUGCCUUCUCUAACAGAGGUGGUUUGGUCCAUCCCCAUACUUCCAUUGAAGACUUGGAUGAACUUUCAACACUUCUUCAGGUCCCUCUGGUGGCCGGGACUGUGAACCGUGGUAGUGAAGUGAUAGCUGCUGGCAUGACAGUGAACGAUUGGACAUCAUUCUGUGGUUCGGAUACCACAGCAACAGAACUCUCUGUCAUUGAGAGCGUUUUCAAAUUGAGGGAAGCCCAGCCUAGCUCCAUUGUGGAGGAGAUGAGGAAAUCAUUAAUCGACAGCUACGUUUGAGUUGUGUUCUCAGCUUUCAGCCUAAGGACUGAUGACAAAUAGUUGCAUAAAGUUGAAGAACAUGUUAAUUUCGACUUGUUUGGCAGUUACUUAUAUUAUUCUGUUUUCCAGAUGUUUAAUACGUUGUUUCAAUCAAGAAGCAUGAAUUUGGAAAUAGGGUAACUUGUUGGUUUUGACAUUGGAAUUCUGUCAAUGGUACCGAGGAAUGCAUUGAAUCUGUUAAUUAGACAAAC